UAAUUAGCCUUGCACGUGUGUGAACGUCAAAGGCUGAAUGACUACGUGAAAUUGUGAUGAGGGGCAGCAAGUAACCAACAACAUUUAUUGGUUUAGAGCUAUGUCAUCUUCAGCAGAAGUCAUGAGCACCAAGGGAGACAAGGAUGCGGAGGAGCGGCAGCUGGAGAGCCUGGUGUUCGGCCGCGACACCGAUCUGGUCUCGCAGCUGCAGCGGCCGGCCUCACCGGACUCGGAGCUGUCCGACACCGAGGCGGACGGCCUGUUCCGGCUGGACCGGCGCGGCCAGGCCGAUGCCGACGAGGAGGCCGAGGCGCCGGCGCCGCAGUCGCGGCAGCCCGCCUGGACAGACGAGGACGAUGAACAGCUGACGGUGGCCGAGGUGGCGGCCACGUUCGCGCGCGACCCGGGCCGCCGCGCUGCCGCGCCCACCGGCGCGCUGUACCGCGCCGCGCUCGAACAGCGCUUCGCGGCGGUGGUGGGCGCGCCCGACUGGGCGCGGUUGGACCGGAAGCGGCGGCGCGACAGUGACGACGAUGAGGCCGACGACCUGCUAACCAAGACUGGCCGCCUGCUGGCUGCGGACGGCGCGGCGCGGCUCACCAAGGGCACGCUGCUUACCAAGCGGUGCGCCGACCUGACGGCGGCCGCGCCCGACCGGCCACGCACCGUCAGCGCGCUUGAGUUCCACCCGCGCUCGCAGGUGGCGUUGGUGGGCGGCGGCGGCCGCGCCACGCUCUCGCUGGUGCAGGUGGACGGCGCUGAGAACCCGCUGGUGCAGGCUGUGCCGCUGGACGGGUUCCGUGUACAGUGCGCCCACUUCACGCGCGACGGCCAGCAGUUGGUGGCCGGCUCGGAACGCAGCGGUCACCUCCUGUGCUACGACAUGAUGGUCGGGCGUACGCAGCGUGUGGAGGCCGGCCGACGGCUGGGUAUGCGCGCUGUGCCGCGGCUGACUGUCUCGCCAGACGGCCGCUGGCUGGCGGUGCCGGACGCGCGCGCCGGCGCCGUCCACCUGCUGGCGGCGCGCGCCAAAGAGUGGGUCGGCUCGCUGCAGGCCAGCGGCCGCGUCACAGCGCUCGCCUUCACACCGGACGGCACGCGCCUGUUCACGCACAGCGACGAGGGCCACGUCUACGAGUGGGACGUGGCCGCGCGCGCCUGCGUGCACCGCUUUGUUGACCAGGGUUGUCUGGCCGGCUCAGCCCUGGCUUGCGCGCCCGACGGCCGGCUGUUGGCCUGCGGCUCGGCCUCAGGCGUGGUGAACGUGUACGAGACGGCGGCGGCGCGCCGGCUGCAGCACCCGCCGCCCGCCAAGGUGCUCGACCACCUGACCACCGGCUGCGACCAGCUGCGCUUCAACCACACGGCCGAGCUGCUGGCCAUGACGUCAGCGCAGAAGGAACACGCCGUCAAGCUGGUGCACGUGCCGUCGAUGACGGUGUUCUCCAACUUUCCCGGCUGGUCGACGGCCGUGCAUGAACCGCACUGCCUUGACUUCUCCCUGCACAGCGGCUACAUGGCCGUGGGCAAUAACAAGGCGCGUGCACUGCUCUUCCGGCUGCAGCAUUACGACAACUACUGAGCCCGGUGCGGGGCCGGCUGGCAUGCGCUGCCCUUAACAUGGGCUCCUGACACUGUUUGCUGAUGGCAAGCGCCUUUGGAAGUGUUGAAUAAAACUGCUGUGCUGGGAAAAUGUUGGCUUUGUGGUAAAGCGGGUAUUGUGCAUUGUAUGCCAUCGAGUUUUAGCCUGUUAUGUAGCCGGCAUAUUUGUAUAAUUCUUAAAUAUCCGACUAGCGAAGUGGUUUGGUUCUAAUGUCACAACUCAGUUUACAUGUGCAGAGAGGCAAAGACUCGCAGCGCUGCUGCGGUCAAUUUCUGACGCGCAGAUGACAUGGCAGAUGGUUUGAAAUGAAACUGACAUAAGUCGUGUUUUUUUACGAAAGACAGACACUCCGAUUUAUUGAACUGUAAGCAAAUAAGGAAAAAGCUUGCCAGA